AUGAAGAUCUCCUCUGUGGUCUUCGCUUUCCUGACUCGCACGCUCUUUGAAGAUCUGUGUUGGGCCAUCAACGUCACCAUCACCCCUUCCCCUUUCACGGUGGCCCAGGAGGGUCAAAACGUCACGCUGUCCUGUGUCGUGUCGCAGCGCCGCCGCAACAGCGCUUUACCGGUGGUGAAGUGGACCUUCCUGCCGGCGGGCACGGACCGGCCGGAGGACGAGCUCCUCAUCGCCCGGGUCAACAUGAGGAAGGCCCGUUUCUACGGCAACUACACCAAGAGCUUCCCGUGGCCCAAGCUGAAACUGACGGUGGUGAAGCAGGGGAAGAUCUUUGACCUGCUGAUCCUGAACGUGUCCGAGCGGGACAGGGGGCUCUACAUGUGCCGGGUGCAGGAGUUUAAAAAGCACCAGGACCGCUGGAAGGCGUCCAACAACUGCACCGCCGCCACCGAGCUCAGAGUGCAUGUCCUACCAGCCACCAAGGCCAAAGAAAGUCUGUGGAGCUUGUUUGAAGAUGUGUACCUGUGCGCCGUGCUGAUCUGCUCGGUGGGCCUGCUGUGCAUGUGCAUGUUCACGGUGACGGUGACCUGCCAGUACAUACAGAGGAAGCAGAGGUUAAAAGAUAAUUACCACUUGGUCAAAAGCCCACAGAACAGUUCAGGAGAGACGGUCACCAGCGUGAUCAGCGUGUCUCCUGCCCUGCCCAAGAAGGAGAGGCGGUACAGGAAGAAGAGGAGCAAAGAGCACCAGGAGGACACGCCACCUGAGAUACCAGCAAAAGCUCCCAUUGAAGACAAAAUGCGGAAGCCCAAACUUUUAAAGCCACAGCCGAGGAAAGUGGUUUUGCCGAAGAUCGCGGAGGAGAGCCUGACCUACGCCGAGCUGGAGCUGGUGAAGCCGCCGCCGGAGAGCAAGGCGUCGUGCUCGGGCACCGUGUACGCUCAGAUACUGUUUGAGGAGCGGCAGCUGUGAGGAGAGCAAACACACGCACCACUAAUAACUGUGCCUUAUGUACAAAGGACUGUUUAUUUAUAGUCUGUGUUAUUAUUGUUUUUUUGUAUGCCAGUGUUUUUUUUUUUUUUAAUGUAGUAAAACUUGUAAUGUCACAGAAUUACGACAAAAUGUUGAAUUGUACAUAUGAUUUUACGUCUUCUUCUGUCUAAUUUCCUCCUCCGAGGCCGAGAUGCAAAAAACAAAGAAAAGAAAAGAAACGCCUUGUGUGUUUAACGGCGGUCUGUGUCGUCUGCGUUCGCCGCCGUGCGUCUCAGGCGAGGGACACACUGGAAGAUUAUCGGGCUGAUUCACACCAGAUGUGCACAACCUGACAAUCACAGGGAAAAUCCACAUCUGAUUGUUGAAGCAGACAUCGUUUUUUUAUGUGAAUCGUCACCGAAAGACCUGCCAGACGUCUUUAUUCCAGACUUUAUUCGGCUUCUUACAGCCCAACGUGUCUCCUCGCUCCACUCCGCUCAGGCUCUGUGGGUUUAACAGCCUCCGUCUCAACAGCUGAUGCGACUGUUAAUCUGGAGAUAACUUUUUCAAUUGAUCGAUUAAUCAGUUAGUCUGGAUCGCGUCCAAAAAUAACACCAAAUGCUCUUGGUAAGUUUGCAAAGUGACGUCUUCAAGUUGUUUCCCAAGUUAG